AUGGUGUUUAAGCCGUUCACCCACCUCGCACGCCAGAACUUUACCAAAGCCUUCACACACGGCUAUGCCCAGUCGGUAAUAGCCGCUUCCCAAUCUUCCUACGCCUCUUCGGCCUCCUUCAACCAGUUCGCCAGCCAUCCUGGUAAAUUCGCCCGCACCACCCAGCUUCAGAAUGUCUUUCAGAACGCAUCCAGCUCUUCAGGCGCCGGCGCCGGCGCAAAGGCCGGCCAGACGACUUCGACUCCUGGAGAUUCUGGGUUAGCGGCCUACUAUGCUGCCUGGCAGCAUGCUCAGCAGACCGGAGAUGACAGCGAUUGGAGACAGUUUCAGUUCAGGAGGCGAAUCGGCUGGAAACCCAAAGAGGAGGUGGCGAAGAAGAGCAAAGAUGGCGAAGAUCGGUCGGUCGCCGACAGCUCGCCCCGAAACAGCGCCAAGGAUCUCAAGAAGGCGCCUGUGAACGUGGAUGUGAGCGCCAAGGUCGAAGAGGCGGUCAAACGAGAGAUUCAGAUUCAAGAAGAAAAAGCGAAGGCCGAGGAGGAGGCAGCCAAGGAUUCGUCCGCCGCUGAAACUACCCCCGAGUCGCCUGCUCCGGAAAAAACAGCAACCCCCGAUGCUACGGCGGAGAAAUCCCAGGCAUCGUCCGAUCGGAUCGUGCAGCUGGCGUCCGCGCAGAAGUAUGGGGAGAUCCCUGUUGCUUUCGAAGCCCUUCUGAAAGAUGGUCUCACGCCAACCGUCGAAGCCUACAAUGCACUGCUCGUGGCGGCCAUCAAACUUCAUACCGACUCAUAUCAUGCCGUCCCCAAGGCUCUCGAUGUCUACUCUGAUAUGCUGCGGCGGAGGGUGAUGCCCAAUGAAGAGACCUACAAGUCUCUCGUCGCGGUCCUGGUUUCUCGGGCUCUGGAGACGCUGGCGGCGAAGGAGGCUCUGGAACAGCAGCGAAUUCGUUUCGGAGGCAUGGACGAGCCUGGCAAGUUCUUGUUUCGAUCCAGUGAGUUGGAACGGGAGCUUCUGGCUGAGGACCAUUCCCUUUCAAUCGCGAUCAAGCUCUUUGAUGCGGCUAGCUCCCGCCACACGGAAAUGGUCUUUCCUCUCGAGGUCUAUCGGUCCCUUAUUACCGCCUGUGCAGAAGAAGGUCGCGUGGAGGAUAUGAUCCGAGUCUACGCUCACAUGGAAACCCGAAAAGUCGUCCCUCACGCGGCUAUUUUCCCCGCCAUGAUCCGUGCCUUUGCUGCGAUUGGGGACCUGAAGAGUGCCGUUGAGUGCUACAACGAAUACCGAGAGCUGGCUAUUGCAGAUGACAACGGUAUCUUCGGCAUCGUCGAGCGCCGUGAUGGAGAGGUCUAUGCGGCAUUGAUUGGAGCGUAUCUUUCCUGUGGCAAGGAGGAGGGUGGCAUGCGGUUCCUCGACCGGAUCCGCGACUCCUUCCGCGACGUUAAGGAGGAACGGGAGGCCCGCCUGGAGGCUGUCGAAUCCGUUAUCGUCCAGGAUGCUCUUGUGCAGGCUUCGCUCAAAGCUGGGCGCUUUGCGGAGGCGGCGGAACGUGCGACGAGUAUGCUUCGAGACGGUGCGUUGCAGAAGGCAAUGGCCAAGAUCUGUGUUGCAGCGGCCGAUGCAGGGAACGUGGCCGUCGCCUCCGAAGCAUACGAUCGCCUGGCUGCGGAAUCUCCCGAGACGCUGAGCCCGGCGGUCUCGAUGCUGGCUCUGCAUGUGCGCCAGGGCAAUGUCCUGGCCGCUAGGCCGUUCUGGGACGUGCUGACGGGCGCGAGUCAGGCAACCUCGGACAUGAUCCAGCCGACCACCAUGUACGCCGUCGCGCUUUUGAAGAGCGGCCACGUCGAGGAAGGGCUGAUGGAGGCCCGGAAGAUGUUCAACCGGAUUCGCAACACGGCCGCCGCUCAGCAGCUCCUCUUGGCACCCAUCCGUGAGGAGAUUGAUGAAGCCUUGGAGCUCCUGGGUCGCGUUCUUAUGCCCCAGGGAGGCAUGCUGAUUUCGGCCCCGGCAGCGAUGACUCUGAUCCGGGCCAUGGUCGAGAACGGGGGUCUCGUCUCGCCUGUGGCAGAACAUGCUAUCUCCAGCCUGGGGCCGAUGGGCAUUUCCCAGCUCAGCGUUGACGACCUGACCCUCGCUCUCCAGGUUCAGGCUGGCAUGAUCGUCAACAACGCUGUGGGCUUCGAUGCGUCUCACCUGGUCCGCUUUGCUCACAUGGUCGAUGUCGCGCUGUCAACCGGUAUUCCGAUGGACGCCGUCACAACCCGGCUGGUCGACCAGGCUGUUCUCAGGCUCUCUGACAGCCGGCCGGAUCUGGUCCAGAGGUGGCAGGAAUAUUUCGCUCCUCCCAUGGCGAGGAAGCCAUCUGUCACUUCGAGCCCGUAUACUCCCGUCUCGGAGUCAUCGAUGGCCAACUCGUCGGCAACCGAGGACACGUUCGAUCCUUACGCGUACGCCACCGAUUAUCGGGGAUCCGCUAUCAUCGCCGAUGAGCUGGAGAAGACUAGUGGCAAGGCCGAGACGCACUUGAAUGAGGCGCUGGCCAAGUUCAAGAACAUCCGUCGCGCUGGUCGGCAUCCCCGAUACAUCACCUACGCCAAGCUCAUCACUGCCGCUGCCAAAUGUAGCCGCAUGGAUCUGGUUCAGGAGAUCCUAUCGAUGGCGAGACAAGAUGUGCCUCUCAUCCCUCAGUAUAGUGUCGUCAAGUACGGUUGGGUGUCCAUCCUCGAUGCCACGG